AUGAAGCUUACAAUUAUUGCCAGUUUGCUCCUUGCAGCACCGCUUGUUUCCGCCCAAUUUGAUACGGUUUUUGCUUUGACCAAGGCCCUUGGUCUCACUGUGAAGUUCGACUGUGCCCUUCCUUGCAUCCUAGAAGCGGCAAAUAGGAUCCCGUGCAAUGGGAAAGGUCCUGCAGAUACAAUCUGUAACAACAUUGCUGCCAUCGCCACAGAGGCCAAGCCAUGUGCUGAGAAAUGCGACGCUGAUCGAGCAAGUACUUUUAUUCAGGAAUUGACUCAGUACGUUUGUAAACAGGGAGUUCCAAAGUCAGACCAACCUUCUAGAGUUGACCAAAAUAAGGAGGAUGGAAAGCAAGAUGAUACGGAAGACACAGGAACUGAAAACUCCCUAGGAGAUGAAGACGUGAGGGUUGGUUCAAGCGUGAAGGGCGAGCUUUGA